CAGAAUGGAGUGAUAGUAUUCACACAAUGGGGAGACCUUCAAAUAGAAGUGGAAACCUGUCAGUUCACGAGUGUACGGAAGACAAAACCCGACUUGAUCUCCUUAUACCACUGAGUAUUCUAGCAUUGUGCCUUCUUCUCUCGUUUGGCGUAAUAAUACAUCUAUGUCGUCGUCAAAACAGCUAUUCUAGCUCUGAAGGAGUUGGCCAAGCAAUGGAGCUGGAUUCCAUUCAAAAACCUACCAAUCGGCAGACUGAAAAUGCGAACGACCGUGUCCCUGUGUACGAGAUUCCAGACGAAAUUGAGCGAAAUGAGGCUCCACACGAGACAGACAAAGGACUGGAAUCAUCGGAUUACAUGCCGUUGAAUGACAACAGAGAGCCAGCAAACGUUUAUCAGUCACUGCAACUGCCCGGGACCAAUAAUGGUCAAAGUCAUCCCAAGGGGAGUGGUGAAUCAAUGGAAUACGAAAAUGUUGCCUUCAAUUGAGAUUUUAAUUCUUACUAAUAUAUUUACUAAAAAUGCAUGUAUUGCUGAACACCCU